AUAAUGGAAGACGAGAAGAUAGAAUUUAAGAAACAAGAUAACAAAGCUGAAGAGAUAGCUGAAGCAAAGUUAAGAAUCAGAGAGCAGAUGAUCAAGAGGAGGAAACAAGAUGAACUCAUGAAAAAUAAAAUUAUCAACGCACAAAGUUGAGUCUUCUGUAAAGUUUGCGCAGGUGUCGGCUUUGGGUUUGCCAGUCUAUAUUUUGGCAAAAGGACACAAAUGAUGUGGGGAGGGUUUCAAAGAUCAGAGAAAAUCUUUAAUCUUGCAAUUACAGGACUCUUUGGGUUUGCUUCCUUAAUACAGUUCUAUGCUUCUCUUGAUACUUAUAAAUCACAAAAUUUGAUACCUCUCGAACGCGACAUUGUAAAUGCGAGGAGCCAACUUUUCUUUUUAUUUGCUUCUCCUGAAGAGAAGAGGCAAAUAGUUUUGUCAGAUCUUGAUGAAGCAGAGUUAGUCCAAGAAGUACACGAAGCUGAAAAGAAGGUAUAA